UGCCCCGCACCGCCGGCCGCACCGCUGGACUUUCCUCCCGCGGGCAGAGCCAUGAGCGCGGGGCCGAUCUUCGCGGCGGGGGAGGACUGCCGGGGGGCCUGGCGGGGGGCUGCGGCCGGGUACGAUGCGCCCGACGCCCACCUGGAGAUCCUGGGGAAGCCGGUGAUGGAGCGCUGGGAGACCCCCUACAUGCACUCGCUGGCGGCCGUGGCGGCCUCCGGGGGCGGCCGCGUGCUGGAGGUGGGCUUCGGGAUGGCCAUCGCCGCCUCCAGGCUGCAGCAGCUCGACAUCGAGGAGCACUGGAUCAUCGAGUGCAACGAGGGGGUUUUCCGGCGGCUGGAGGAGUGGGCCAGGACGCAGCCGCACAAGGUCGUGCCCCUGAAGGGGCUGUGGGAGGACGUGGUGCCGACCCUGCCCGACGGGCACUUCAAGGGGAUCCUGUAUGACACCUACCCCCUGUCCGAGGAGACCUGGCACACACACCAGUUCACCUUCAUCAAGGACCAUGCCUUCCGCCUGCUGCAGCCGGGGGGGGUCCUCACCUACUGCAACCUGACCUCCUGGGGGGAGCUGCUGAAGACCAAGUACACCGACAUCGAGAAGAUGUUUGAGGAGACCCAGGUGGGGCAGCUGGUGGAGGCUGGUUUCAAGAAGGAGAACAUCAGCACGAAGGUGAUGGACCUGGUGCCCCCCCCGGAAUGCCGGUACUAUUCCUUCCACAAGAUGAUCACACCCACCAUCGUGAAGCACUGAGGGGGGCAGCAGAGCCCCCGGGGCUGCCCCGGGAAGGGGCUAAUGAGGAGAGAGUGAUGAUGUGCUCUGCCAGGAGGAGGAGGAGGGCUCUGGUCUCCUCUGAUGCUAAUGAAAGAAGGUUGAAGCUGCCUUACAGGGGGUGGGAGAUGGCUGGAGGCUCCUGGACAAAAGGACUGGAAUCCCUGCCCCACCGCGGGUGUCACCAAGCCCCGAUGCCCUGGAGGGGUCUGCACAGGAAAGUCCCACCCUGUGUCUGUCCCAGAGGCCGUUUCCCACUCAUCCUCCUCUCCAAAUUCCUCCGUUGAGCUGCAGUUCCAGAGCUUUUAGCCUGAGGGCUUCGAGGACGAGAUGUUUCCUCUGAAACGGGAUCAUUUUGAGACACCCCGGGAGCAGCGCCCCCCGCGGCGCUGACCCUGCCCACCCUCCUCGCAGUCCAAGAGCACACACAUCACACCUCCCCUCUACCGAGAACGGAUAAAAUUAAUUUUAAAAAGAUAAUUAAACGCACAGCUGCUGCUUCAGAGCGA